AGAAGUUUUCUCUCUAGAAAAUGCAGGCCGGAGGAAUUGGAGGUACGUUGUUUUACCAGUGUAUUAUUUGUUCAAAAUACUUUGAUUCAAGCCAAGGUCUUGCUGGUCAUUCAAAGGGACAUUUGGGACAUGGCUGGAAAAAAGGAACUUCACAUAGGAAAGUGUUUUUGCCAUAUAAUCCCAUUUAUCUGCAGCAGCAGCGGCAACAACAGCAGCAGCAGGGUUGUGGUUCUGUUGCUGUAUCAACAGACUCAAGUCCUCUUCCGAUUAAUGUUGCUCCUCAAUUGCCAAUUAUCAUGCAACCACAACAAGCUGCUGCUGCUGGUUCUGUAGCAUCUAGAGAAUCAAAUGUUGUGGCCAAACCAAAACCAAAACCAAAAGCUGAUCAGCCACAGAAUGUUGCUAGCUCUUCUAGCCGCGUAGGUCCUCCUCGUAAGAAGCAUUAUUUGAGGUUUCGGGACAUGAAGAUUCUGGCUAGGCUUACCCCUCGUCUUGCUAAAGAGGAGCAAGAAAUCAUUUUGCGACUUGUUGAUUGUGCUAUGGACCAGGCGAAACAAGCAAAGAUGAAGAACAUUGACGUCGAGGUGAUUCAAAACAAAGAUUCAGCAGCGGCAGAUGGGAUCAGAACCAGUACAAAAAAAGAUGUUGUCACCGUUGAGGACUCUGGUGAUGAGUCCAAAAACAUGUAGUAUGGCUACAGCAUAUGACAUACUAGUUUAAUUUCUUUGUUAUUUUAAACGUUGGGAAGUUUGGUUUUCAUGAGAUAUUAUCAUAGUUUUUAUGGUUUUAAUUUGGAGAUUGUUAUCAAA